AUGGGGGAUCCAAGGGCCAAUGACAUCAAGGGCGAAGGCAUUGUCGUGGCCAACAUCGACACCGGUGUUCGUCAUACACAUGAGUCGUUGGAGUCGAACUGGCGACAGGAAUACGGUUGGUUCGACCCGUACAACAAGACGAACCAGCUGCCCACCGACCCGGUGGGCCACGGCACUCACGUCAUGGGCACCAUGGUGGGAACGCAAGGUAUUGGUGUCGCUCCCAAGGCCAAGUGGAUUGCGUGCAAAGGGUGCAAGGGCACGUGCAAUCAGCGUAUGGUCGUCGAAUGCGCUCAAUUCCUUCUUUGUUCCCACGACAAAGAUGUUAACAACUGCGACUCCAGCAAGGCCCCUCAUGUGAUCAACUUUGGCAAGCACCGCAGGGAGUUUUGGUUGGAUGAUAUGAUUACAAUGUGGAGAGAAGCGGGAAUCAAUCCCGUGUUUGCGAAUGGCAACAACGGCCGUGAAGGUUGA